CCGCGCUUCCACACGCAGGCCAAGGGCAAGAACGUGCGGCUGGACGGCCACUCGCGCCGGGCCACGCGGCGCAACAGCUUCUGCAACGGGGUCACGUUCACACAGCGGCCCAUCCGGCUGUACGAGCAGGUGCGGCUGCGCCUGGUGGCCGUGCGCCCGGGCUGGAGCGGCGCGCUGCGCUUCGGCUUCACGGCGCACGACCCGUCGCUCAUGAGCGCCCAGGACAUCCCCAAGUACGCCUGCCCCGACCUCGUCACGCGGCCCGGCUACUGGGCCAAGGCGCUGCCCGAGAACCUGGCGCUGCGCGACACGGUGCUGGCCUACUGGGCGGACCGCCACGGCCGCGUCUUCUACAGCGUCAACGACGGCGAGCCGGUGCUCUUCCACUGCGGCGUGGCCGUGGGCGGCCCGCUCUGGGCGCUCAUCGACGUCUACGGCAUCACCGACGAGGUGCAGCUGCUCGGCACCCUGCAGUCCAGCCCUGCGACCACCUCCCCAUCAGGAUCCCUGAGCGGCUCCCAGGACGAUAGCGAUUCCGAUAUGGCCUUCAGUGUCAACCAGUCCUCCUCGGCAUCUGAGUCAUCCCUGGUGACGGCCCCCAGCUCCCCGCUGAGCCCGCCAGUGUCCCCCGUGUUCCCCCCGCCAGAGCUGGCGGGCAGCAAGAAUGGUGAGUGUACGGUGUGCUUCGACGGCGAAGUGGACACGGUCAUCUACACGUGUGGACACAUGUGCCUGUGUUACAGCUGCGGCCUGCGGCUCAAGAGGCAGGCCCGGGCCUGCUGCCCCAUCUGCCGGCGGCCCAUCAAGGACGUCAUUAAGAUCUACAGGCCAUAGCCUGGCCCGCCGACCACAGGCCUUGACCAGAGCAGGGUCCCCUUUCUGAAGCCCCCCUGGGCUGGGCAACCACCAUGGCCACCAGGGAGUCCAAAGGCAGCAGCCUUCUCGUCUGCCGCUCUCCCGUGGUGGGCAAGGCGUGACAGUCAUGGAGACCAGGCACCCCCACCCUGGGGGCGGUCUGAGUCCAAGCGAGGGUUGCUUCUGGCUUGAAAGUGCUUUGGCCCCAAAAGGCCGUCCCGAGAGCAAGUUCGGGAACGGCCUGGCAGAUGGACCCACCCCCCAGUGACCUCUCCGCUGGGAGGCGGCAUCCUCUGUGCAAUGGCUUUUGCUGGGGUUGGGUUGAGUGUGUGUGAGAGAAGGGGAGGGGAGGGAGGGAGACAGACUGGGGCGGGGGGCAUGUGAGGGAAUGAGUGAGGGGGAACGUGUAGGUAUUUAUCCAGGGAUCCUGGCUCUACAAGGUUAUUUAACACUAAGGAAUGUGCAAUGCUCAGCCCAGACGGUAGCUAGCGCAACCAGAAACUGCUUUCUGGGGCUGUGACGUCAGCUGGUUUUGAAUGUCUGAAGCCUGCACCUAAACAGACCUCCCUCAGAUGGUAUAGAAAAGGGACACUUAGAUUUUCUAAAGGGAGGAAAAAAUAGCUCAUUGUUUACAGCUCCAGAAGCGGCAACUCCUGGGGGGAUAGGUGGGCGGAGAACAUAAAAGAACAAUUUACUUUUUCCGUUUCUGGCUCAGUCUUGGAGAGGAGUUUUGAUGGGUGCUGGGGCUGAGAGCCCUGGGCUGUCCCCUCCAGAAUCUUUUCACCCCUUCGCCCCCAAGCAGCCUGAUAAUAAGCUCUCAGCCCCUUGACUCGGUUCCUAGAUGCUUUAAGUCUGUACCACCCUUGCCAUCUCCUAGAAUAAGACAGCAGCAGGUCCCCUUCUCCUGGGGGAGGGACAGCAGCCUAGCAGAUGACUCCCCUGGAGGCAGAAGGGCCACCGCCGCUCUCCACGUUUCCCGCUGUAACGCGGGGCCUGGCGUUCACCGGCAGCUGUGGGCACCGCCAGGGCGGCCUGCUGGCCAAGUAGGAGGAGGAACCAGGGCUUUGUAACUGGUCUUUGUUCCCGUUCUCAGCUUCUCUUCCCCUGCAGAUUACUAGGAUGCUAAUUGAUCAUCAGGAUGCUAACUAGUAGAUGAGACUCCUACUGAAAAUGCUCACUUUGGGACUCUCCCCCUUCCCCAGGGCUAUUUUCUGGGCAGUUCCUGAGACCCUGGCCCUGCCCCCACCCCCUCACCCCUGCCUGUGCCCAUCUCUGCAGACGCCCGGACCACACCAGGGCUGACCGGCUGGCAGGCCUGCAGUUCCCUUCUGAGCCCGAGUUCUCGGCCCCUCCUCUGCCGUGUCUUGUGCCAGGCCUUUCGGGAAGACCCCGGGCCAGUUUCUCAGCUCCUGGUGUGUCCUGGAGGAAGCCUAGCAUCUGCCCACUCCAGAGCUCUUGGAAGGACGUCCUAAAGAGCCCGAGGCACCUUGUGAAGAACGGGCAUAGUUUUUAUUACAAUUCCUAAUCUGUCCAUCUGCUGAGGGAGGCAGGGAACGGAGAACACUCAGAAUUGAGGCAUUCAUAUGACAAACAUUUGCUGGAUUUCUGGAGUCCCUCUCGUCAGACUGAGUCCCUUAAGACCAGUCUCUCCGUGCCCUCGUGAUGCUUCAGGUUUUGGACCAUCUGUUUCUUCUCUGCCUGGUGUUCUGACCUGAUUGCAGCUUCGAAAGCCUCACUCUUGCCCCUGGAAGAACCCCUGAUUGGUUCUUCUUCCCUGGUGAAUUUGGGAAACACGCCCACAUUUGAAUUUUGCAGCAGAAUCUUUUUGGGGAACCCUAGCAUUUGCCAAGUUAAGAGUCUAGGCAGUGCUCGGUGCCCAGCUGAGUUUGGGCAGCCAGAGCCUUCCGCUUCCCCCACGUGCUGGCCGUGGGCAAGGCCACACACAGGCCCCGUGUGACAGGGCCCUUCACCCCCUGGGACCGUGGUUCUCCGGGCAGCAGCGCCCCUGUCUGGAUCGAGCCACAGUCACAAGCUUCGGUGGUCCCGGCAGCCUCCGGGGGCCAGCUCCUCUCUCCUUCAAGGGCCUGGACGCAGGGUGGGUCAGGCCAUGCACCUGGCACCCUGUUACCUGGGAAGGAAGGAGCUGGUGGCCGGUUUAACUUGCUCUGCAGCCGCUAUAAAUAGCCUCUUGGUUUCCAAGGGGGCGUUUAUCUUCUAAAAACCAGACAUUUCCUGAUGCUCUAAACUGAUUUAGUCAGUGCUGCAGAGGAGCUGCCCACAUGGCUCUGUAGGUUCUGUCUGGAGAAGGGGCAGGAGCGGCAGGAAAGGAGACCACUCUCCUUUAUCUUCCAUCACCGUGUACCCGGCGCUGGGCUAGGGAGCUGUGUCCACACGUCAGUCCCGCGAGGUGGGUCUUGGUACCACAUUGAAUCGUAUCAGAGACACCGCCAGUUACAAAAACGCACCAUCCUAUGUGCCACUAAGGAACAAAACGUGGCCAGUUUUAACUGUAAGAUGCUGUGGCUCCACAAUUCAUUUUAUUCAGACAAGCUAUGUGGAAAAACUGUGCCCUUUAGAAUCAAUGAAAGACGGUAUUCUCCCCAUUUGGCAGGUAAGAGAACUGAGGUCCUGGGAAGCCGAGUGGCUUAAGAUCACGCAGCAGGAGGCGGCAGGGCUGGGAUUCAAACCCAGGAGUGCCUGCUGCCAAAUCCCACACGCUCCACUGCCUGGUCCCCGGCCCGGAAGCUCCAGACUGCCUGAGUGAGUGCCUUGAAGCUCACCUGGGCAGCCCCCAGAGAGGGCCUGGGCACCUGCACCUGUGUGGAAGGUUCCAGCCCCCGACUGCAGCCCCCCACUGCUGCCCGGACCCUGGGAGGACGAGUGCUCUUCUUUCUAGGCUCAUCUGCGCACUGCCCACCUCCUCCCAGCGGAGCUGAGCUGUGUGAGAGCUUGGGUCCAACCCGAGCGCCUCCUCCUGUUACAUAGUGGCGCUCAUGUGGGGCAACCUUGGGGAGAGGCUAAGGGCCUUGUGCUCCCACCUUCCUGGGCCUCGUGACCACCACCCCCUUAAGCAGGGCCCCCAGGGGUGGGACAAGGGAGACCAGAGGAUGCCCCCUUUGUUGUGGUCUGAUGCCUGUUCAUUUUGAACCCAUAGAGAGAUUGGGCUGUUUCCAAGUCAAGGAGAACGCCUCUUCCUAGCCUACUCCCAGAACUGGGUGUCCUCUGAGUCUUCGCUGCCUGGGGCAGCUGUUCCCCCAACUGUAGCCGCUCCCUUUCCGUCAUUCAGCAACCACUGGUCAGCAUAGCCUGUGUUCUGGAUGCAGGGUUGGGAACUGGGACUAAAGACAAGGCCUGCAGGGAGCUCACGGUCCAGAGCAGGAGGUGGGCAGAUUUGUAAACCUGUAUUUGGCUCCUCCAGUGCUGGGUCUCGUGCUAGCAUGUAGUAGGUCCCCAUUAAAGCUUUACUGAGUAAAUCAGAGAUCGAGUUAUGAGUGUUCAGGAGUUUGGUAAGACACCAUGUAUACAUGCACCUAGUCAUUCAACAAACAUUGGCUGAGUGCCUACUAGGGUGGGGUGCUGGGAGGACGGAACUGAGAGGACAAGGCCCCUGCUCUAACGUCAGAGAGAGUGACAUGAGACAUUUGGGGCAGAACGCACUGGGCUUUCUUGGCCAUUCUGUUGCCUUGGGGGUCUAUCUUAGUGAGUGCACAACUGCUUACCUGACCCAGAGCCUCCUGCGUGCCUCAAAAAGCCUUCUCUGCAUUAGAAAUGCCAGGCACCUUGCAGUCAGGGAGCUGCUGCCAAAACAGCCUUGGGCAGAACCCUCAAAGGCCCUACCAGCCAAUGAUCGCCCUCAGGUCUUGCCAGGGAGACAUGGGGAGAUGGCUACCUGCUGCUUUCAGGCCUUGAGACUGGUGGCUGGAAAUCGCCAGAGAACCCCCAGUCCAUUCCAGCUGAGCAUGAGGUCCGUGCGGGGUCUCGGUGAGCGAGAGGCAGUAACCUUCCACGGCUCAGUCCCGUCUCUGCCCUGAUUCUGGCAGAGGGACACCGGCUCAGGAAAGCGUGGCCUCCUGGCAUUUCUCGGUAUUUAAUUGUCCCACUGUCUCAAGUCCCUAAUGAGAUGACUUGUACAACUAUCUGUCUGUGCCUUAUGAAAGUGUCUGUGCACUUUUAAUCCCUUUUAAAAGCAACUUUGAAAAGUGGACCGGGGACUGGUAUAGAUGGUAAUGUUCUGGAAAUCUGUGAUCAUCGCUGAAACCUUUCUGCAUUGUGUAUUUGACGUUGGAGUGAUGAAGCGUGUGUCCCCCGCCCCACCCUCACUACCUGUGUACAGACCUUUUAAAAAAUGUCUCUUUUUCUUAUUUUUCUGAUUCAAUACUGUGACCUCUCCAAUACAGUCUAAUCCUUGGGGAAUCUGUAAUAAAGGUUUCAGAACCUGGGGGGAUGGGUUGGGAAGGGUUUGCACUGGUCCUGUGUAUUGUGCUUUUGUGUGUUGUGUGUUUUGAUUUUUGUUUGUUUUUAUCUGUUUUAUAUUAACAUGAUUUACCUGUUAAAAAAAUACAACUUUGGCUUCUUAAAAAA